AUGUUGAACCAAGCGCUAUAUCCGGAUAACUACCGCAAGAUAGGGGAAAGUUUCGUUUCCGAAUUCUACAAUGUUUUGAGGACAGAUAGAAGCCAGCUUCAACAUUUUUAUCAUGAUCAAGCAAGGAUGACAUAUGAAGGCCAAGAAAUACUAGGAAAACAGAAAAUCGGUGAAAAAUUUCAAUCACUUCCAGCUCGUCAAAUCGCUGUCGCUUUAACGAGCUGCGAUGUUCAUCCGGGCGAGAAUUCCAUCCUUAUUCACGUUCUUGGACAACUGAAGUGUGAUGAAGACCCGGCUUUAUCAUUUUGCGAAUUGUUUUUCCUUCGAAAAUUCAAUAAUUGUUUCCUGGUCACGGAUUCUACAUUUCGUUUACAUUUGCACAAUUUCUAA